AUGGACAAGGUGGACAAAUAUUAUUUGUUGGGAGUCCAUAAUUGCAGCUGGUACAUUAGUUGUAUUAAGGACCUGUGCAUUAACUACAUGAUGGAUAACAUUAUAAUCUUGAGACAUAGAUAUUUUUAAGCGAAACUUAACCUGUAUUAGUAUUAGAGGAUGUAAAAGUAAUUUAACCCGAAAUUGAACUUUGUGUUAAUGAUAGUGUAAAAUUCAAAGUUUUAACUUCAAAAGGAGUUGCAUCACAAAAUUUAGUCUUCAUUGUAUAGGUAUUAGGGGAUUUGUAUGGGUAUUAGUAUGAAAAGGAUCCUAAGGAAAAUUAAACUUUUUCAGAAGACCAUGUACCCUGAAAAUAUAAAUCCAUAGAUAUCCAAUCCUAAUCAUUGAAUUAAUAAUUAAAAUAAUUUAAGGCGGAUGGAUAUGUUUUAUUUAAAGUAAUGUAGCUUGUAGCAGGAGAUGUACAAGUUAUAAAAUUUGCUGUAGUUUAGCUUGAAGGCAAUAAAAAAUAUCCUGAAUAAGCAUAUGCAUUUGAUCCAGUGUUUUAAGUAAAUGUCUAAUCAUAAUAUAAGAAAUUAUUCUAAGCUUGCCAUUAGGAAUUUGAAACCUCAAUAAAUCCCACAAGGAUAAAAAUUAUAGAAAAAGGCAUUAAUUAAAUAUAUGAUUAAAUAAAAUUACGCAUUUAUUAAUUUGCAUUUGAGUUAUUUAAUAUCAUUUCCUAAUAUUUUUUUGAUAGUAAAUUUUCAAAAAAAAAUUUUGGAUUUAAAGAAUUUUUUUUGUUUUUGGAAUUUGAUUGCGUAAUUAUAUAAUAAAUAUGUUUUUUAGUAAAAUUUUUCUUGGUAGCAUAAUCAAAAAUUUAUAUAUAUAUGA